AUGAUAUUAAGCUCUAGCAUCCACCAGCUAUGUCAAAUAUCGCUACUUUUAGUGUCGUUCAUCCAUUUAGCCGAUGGGGCUACUUCGUCGCGCAAGCAGCAAGUUCUAGGUCUCGAGCCACUCACGGGAAAUUUCCCAAAAAUAAUCACAGGCCUCUAUGGGUCUCCACCCAAGAUACAAGUACAUGAUCCUCAGGGCAACGCCUCCUGGUCUUGGGAUGCGAAUACAGGGUUGAGUAAAGUCCCUGGUACCCUUCGGCGCUGCAUCCAAGGGGGCUGGUCUGCAACUGAAGUGAAGGUUGUCGCCAAAGGCACAAAGAUCGUGGCAAUUAUCGGAUAUUCUGCUGUUGUGAUUAAAUAUACACCACGCGAGCAAGACGAUAAGAUGGUUGAGUUCGCGGUCUGUCUUAAUGGGAAAUUGGGUAACGCUCACACCGUUGAAAUGCUACCUGGAAAUUUAUUGGCGAUAGCUACAACCGGCCAAAAACAGGAUGCUGGCAUCUGGGUUUACGAUAGCAAUCGCAUGACAAACAGCCCAAAGCCAAUACAGAUAAUACCAGGUGUGAGAGCCAUCCAUGGGAUGCUUUGGGACCAAACAGCUCAAACUCUAUGGGCAGCUGGCAACACAGAUGCUGCAGAUGGCACAGGUGGCGUCUCAUACGGCAUAAUCCAGGGAUAUAAGUACGACCAAAUUCGCAAUCGGCUGACUAAGGGAGCCAGUUACACCAUGACGUUUGCUAGACAGCUUGGGACAGAAUGGGAGGGCACUCCUUUUGCUAAAUGGUGGGAUGGGCCGCAUGAUCUUGUCCCGGUUCCUUCACAGAGGGUACUUCUUUUUCCAACGGACCGCGACAUCCAUGCCAUUAACCUUUCAACGGGUGUAUUCAAUCACAAUGGAACGCAACUGGAAAUGCAGUACUUGAGGGGUUUUCGUGAGCUGGGAAACCGCACAGGCUAUAACAAGGAACAUUUACCGCGUUCUGAUAUUAAAAGUCGCAAGGUUAGUGGACGACGCCAAGCGCUCAAGAUACCUUCAGCGGCCCAAACCAUUGACCAGCUUCGGGACUGCUAA